AUGGCAACUGAACCAUUUCCAUAUCCGAAGAGGGGACCAUCGUUUUGGCGGUCGACCCCGGGUGAGCUUGACAAUUCCCUUCGCCGGAAGGAGAGGUGGGUUUUUGGUGCUUCUCUCGUUAACUGCCUGUUAAGUUCGCCUGAGGCGGAAGGGAAGAGCAUCCUAGUUCUCGAAGGUCACGGGGUAUGCUCUAGAGCAGCCAUGGGAAACGGUCAGUACCCAUACUAG